GAAAACUAGUAUAUAUACACGCAGAGUCACACUAUUAUUUCACUGUGUUUGUGUGUGUGAGAGAGAAAGAGAGAGAGAGAUGGCCGAUACAUCUGCUAAACCCAUGAAUGGUGGAGAUGGCCUUCAUAGUUACACUCAUAAUUCCACUUAUCAGGUAUACAUUUCUACAUGGAUACAAUUUUUUUUUUUUUUUUUUUGGACUGAUUUCGUCACGUUCAACUUGCGAUGGGGAGUGAACCUUGCCAACUCCAUGAUCAGUGAGGCGAUUGCCGAGCUAUUUGAUGUAAAUCAAUUCAAAAUUACUUCUUCAAAUCAUUCAUUCAGUGUUGCAGAUUUGGGAUGCUCUGUUGGACCUAACACAUUCAUCGCGGUGUCAAACAUCGUGGAAUCCAUUAAACUCAAGUGCCAAUCUCAUGGUGUUCCUUCAGAAGCCAUAGAAUUCCAAGCAUUCUUCAAUGACCAUAAUUCCAACGAUUUCAACACCCUCUUCAAGUCUCUGCCUCAUGACAGGCAAUACUUUGCAGCUGGUGUGCCAGGCUCUUUUCAUGGCCGGUUAUUCCCGGACGCCUCUCUCCAUUUCAUCAACUCUUUUUAUGCACUUCAAUGGCUCUCCGAGGUCCCAAAGGAGGUGGUUGACAAGCAAUCACCUGCAUGGAACAAGGGGAGGAUUUACUAUACAAAUGCUCCAACUCAAGUUAUGGAGGCUUACUCAGCUCAAUAUGGUACAGAUAUGAAGUCUUUUUUUAAUGCUAGGGCACAAGAGCUUGUCUGUGGAGGUCUCAUGGCACUUCUCAUCCCAUGUCCGGCAGUUGGGAUCCUUCCUUCCCACAGCCCUAUUAUUGCACUUGCGGAUCUUAUAGGAGCCACUCUCCUUGACAUGGCCAAAAUAGGAUUGGUGAGUGAAGAUAAAGUGGACUCGUUCAACUUCCCCAAGUACAACCCAACCCAACAAGAGUUGGAGGAGCUGAUAGAGGAAAAUGGAUGUUUCAGAAUUGUGAAAAUGGAAGCUCUUGUUCGCGACCCUAAAAUGAAAGAAGCAGCUUCUGACAUCAAAAUGUUUGUGCCUCAUAUUAGAGCUGCUUGGGAAGGACUUAUCAAAGACAACUUCGGAAGUGAGAUUAUUGAUGAGCUCUUUCAUCGUUUCACCAACAAACUCUUGGAGACCUUCACUCUUGAUCACACAAGCUUCGAGAAGAUUGCCGAAUUAUUUGUCCUUCUCCAGCGCAAUUAAACCUAAUUAGAAGCUUCAAUUUCACAUUGGAACUCUACUAUUGUGAUUUUUUAUUUUUUCGUCUUGUGUUAGUUUUUUAAUCAAUUACAAUAGCGAGUGCGAUUUUUUAUUUUUAAAUUUUUUUUGUCUUGUGUUAGUUUUUUAAUCAAUUACAAUAGUGAGUGCUCAACGGCUGUUGCAAUGUUUUACAUGUAAAUGAAGAAUAUGGACUUUUUGGGCAGGAAAAUACAUUUAAAUUAGAAAACUCCAAAGGUUAAAGCUUACCGUAAGCUUGUUUACUGAAAA